AUGUCUUUUUAUAAAGCCUUUUUUCUUCUUUGUUGUAUUACUAUUCUGACACCUUUGGUUUCGUCCACACCUCUUUGGAAUCAAGAUAUCCUUGAAACUCGCAAAUCGAAGGAUCAAGACCCAAAAACAAAUACUUUUGAUCUUGUCCUAAAAAAGGUUAACCUCGCUCCGGAUGGAUUUACUCGUCUUGUAUCAACAAUCAAUGGCCAAUAUCCUGGACCAACCAUAGAAGUCAACAAGGGAGAUCGCAUUGUAAUGAAUGUUCGCAAUGAGUUAGAGGUCCCAACAGCAAUCCAUUCUCAUGGAAUGUUUCAAAGAGGGACUCCAUGGUACGAUGGGGUACCAGGCCAGACCCAAUGUGAGAUACCAAACAAUUAUACGUUUACUUACAAUUUCACGGUUCCCGAUCAAGCCGGCACUUACUGGUACCAUUCGCACGCGUUAACUCAAUACGUUGAUGGAAUUGUUGGCGCUUUAAUUAUUCACGAUCCUGAAGAUCCGUAUAGAGCAGAGUAUGAUGAGGAAAUUCUUGUCAUGUUAACUGAUUAUCAUCACACGGAGGCUCAAAUUUUGUUAAAGUCAUUCUUGACCCCUGAAAGCGAAGGUGAAGAGCCAGGUAGGAUUAAACCAAGUCGUGAUGUUAUUAAGAUGUCUCCACCAGGUUCUACAUGCGUGGAUAACGCUGGUCUCGCUAAAUUUGAAUUUGUACCCAAUAAAAGAUAUCGUCUUCGCAUCAUCAAUACCAGCGCAUUUUCAUCUUUCUUCUUUUCAAUUGAUAAACAUGUGAUGGAGGUUAUAGAAGUGGAAGGUACCUACACCAAACGAAAUAAAAUUCAUCGUCUUCCUAUCAAUGUUGCCCAAAGAUAUUCCGUCAUCGUCACUGCGGAUCAACCUGUUGACAAUUAUAUCAUGCGUUCAGAAUUUCAAAAGAUGUGUAUGCCGGAUGAAGCAAUUUCACUUCCGAUUAUUACAGCUAUAGUGCAUUAUGAUGGUGCACCCGAGGAUUCUGUUCCAAAGGAUGUACCGUGGACGAAUUUCUUGGAAGAAUGUGUUGAUCUGGAUCAAAAAACCUUACAACCAUUAUAUGAAGAAAAAAUUCCCGAAGCAACAAGAGAAAUUAAACUUGAGAUUGCGUUUCAUGCAGAUUCAUUAGGCAUUGACAAGGCGUAUCUUAAUGAAUCUACCUAUGUUCCUGAUUUUACUUCUUCGACUUUGACUAAAGUCUUUGAAGGAACAACAGCUAACCUUUCCACUGCUGAAAAUGCUUUCAUUUUUAAUACCUUUGGAGAAGUUGUUGAUAUUUAUUUUAUCAAUACUGAUGACGGAGAGCACCCGUUUCACAUGCACGGACAUCAAUUUUGGUUACUUGGAAUUGGUAAUGGAACAGAAGUUGAUAAAUCCGCAUUGAAUACGGUUAAUCCAAUCAAACGUGAUACCUCAACAAUACCUAUCAAAGGGUGGUCUGCUUUGAGAUUUGUUGUGGAUAACCCUGGAGUGUGGGGGCAUCACUGUCAUAUGUGGCAUGUGGAAGUAGGUCUUGUAAUGCAAUUGAUCGAGCUACCGGAUGAAAUUAGAAAAAUGCACCCGCCUGAAUCUUGGUCAGAAUUAUCAUUAAGGACAGAUGCAGCAAAUGCAACAAAAGUGUUAUCAAUAAUAUUUUCUGACAUGUCUGAUAAACUGUCGAUAUUCAUUGUAUUUUCUUUAGGAGGUGGAACAGCAGUUUUGUAUGCUUUAUUUUUUCCUUUAUCAGUGUUGUUAAACUUUUUGCAA